GUGAUCCACCAUGUCUCUGCAAAAGCCUAUGAUGAGGGGUUUGUUGGGAAGGCGUCUGAGGUUUCACGUUCUCGCUUUCGCUCUGUCCCUGUCGGUUGCUAUCGCCUUCAAGUACAUCGUGACAGAGCCCAGGAAAAAGGCAUACGCUGACUUCUACAAGCAUUACGAUGCCGUCAAAGAGUUCAACGCCAUGAAGGAAGCCGGCAUCUUCGAGAGUGUGCGGCCCUCCGAGGAGUAAAACCACCUCCUCCUUCGUCACUCGUUCCUGGUCUGAGGAUGAAGUUCCUUCUUUGGAUGUUAUUUACUGAUUUAGAUGUGAACACCGCUAUGCUGUUUGAUUCCUCUAAAUAAAAUAUUCUAUUAAUGUAAAAA